AUGCAUACUCAUAAAAAAAGUAUUGAAGAAUUAAUUAAUAUCUAUGACGUAAAAAUGAGAAACGGCAAAGUUUAUAAAGAAAGAAAAAAAAUACCUGGAAUUAAAAAGAAUCUUUCAUUUCAUAGGGAAAACACUCAUAUAAUAAAAAGAAUUUUUUGUUUAAUAAAACGACCCAUAAACUUACUUCUAAUAUCAGCUUCAGUGGCUCUAGGGGUGUUGUACUUUUUUGAGAAUGAAGAGAAAAACCACCCAGCUGUACUUACUAUCACAUUAAUUAUUGUAUUUUUAAAUAUUUGUACUGAAUUAUACUAUGAGUUAAAAUUUUUUUACAAGUUUAAGGAAAAUGUACAUGUUCCUACUUGUAAGGUAUUGGUUGGUGAUAAAUUUGAAACAAUAUCUACAGAGGAUUUGGUGGAAGGUGAUGUUAUCAAGUUGUGUAAAAGUGAUGUUGUUGGAGCAGAUGGUGUAAUUAUCCAAUUAGAAGAAUUAAAAGUAGAUAAUUCAAACAUAUCUGGUUCUGCGGAAGUAAUAAAGAAAAGUUUGGAACCUAAAAGUGAUGAUUUAUUAAAAGCGGAAAAUGUUGUUCUAAAAGGAAAUAUCGUAAUAUCCGGAACAGCUAUUGCCAUUAUAUUUGCAGUUGGUAGAGACACUAUUGAAUUUAUUAAUUCUAAAAAUGAAUUUAUAAAGAAAAAGAAGGCUGGUCCAAUUACAAAAGAAUUUGAUUUGUUUUUCCAAGGUUUGUUCAUUAUAGCUACCUUUAUUAGUGUAAUUUUAUUGGCAAUUUCAUUUGCAACAGGUCAUGAAUUGGUUUAUAUAUUUGAAGUUAUUAUUGCACUAUAUAUUGGAAUAUUACCUGAAGGUAUACCAACAACAAUUGAUCUUAUUGAUUACCAGGCAAUAAGAAAAUUAAAUGAUUUAGGUAUUCUAAUUACAGAAAAAUCAACUAUUGAAAAUUUAAGCGUGUUAGACCAUUUAAUUUUAAAUAAGGCAGGUGUAAUCACUGUUAAGGAAUUGUUUUGUGAAAAAAUUUACGAUGGAACUGAAAUUAUAAAUGUCGAGUCUGUAUUUUUUGAGGAUAAUGAAGUUGAGUAUAAAAAAUUACUAAAUAUAGGAUUUAUAUGUAGGAGAAUUUCUGAUGAUUAUAAAAAUAAGAUUGAAAUGGAUCAUCUAAACAACGACAUUAUUUUGGAUGCAAUAAAGAUUUUCAGUUACAUUUGUCAAGAAAUAUCUAUUAAAAAAUCCUUAAAUUUUAAUUUUAACAUCAAUCAAAAUGUUAAAUUUAUUUUAAGUGAUGAUAAAUAUUAUACAAAUUGUACACAUUUUUAUUUUAAUGGGAAGAAAAAACGAAUUAAUGAUAAAGAGAGGAAAAAGUUAAUGAUAGCGAGAAAAGGAUUAAUUAAUUAUGGAACUAAUGUAGUUUGUAUUUGUCAAAAAACAGGUGAUGAUUUAAUUUUUGUAUGUUUCUUGAGUUUUAUUAAUUUAGCUAAAACAUGCACAAGAAUAGUGACUGAUGUGAUUAGAGCAACGGGUAUUAAUAUAACAAUGUUAACUAAAGAUAAAAGUUUUUACAUUAAAGAACUUUCAACACAGCAUUUGAAAAUACGAAAUAUUCUUAGGUAUGAAAAUUUUGACAAUCUUGAUGACCACAUCAAAAGAAUGUUCUAUGAAAAUAAUUUUACACUGAUGGGAAUUGACUAUAAACAGAAAUAUAAAAUACUUAAAGAUUUAAUUGGUUUAAAUAAAAUAACAGCAGUUAUUGCUAACCAGACAAAUGAAGCACCUUCGUUGUAUUUGGCUGAUGUAGGAGUAUGUACAUUUGAAGCACCGGAAGCCUGUAAAGAAUCAGCAGCAAUAAUUUUUAAAUCAUAUGAAGAUUUUAUAUAUUGCUUAGAAGAAGGAAGACUUUACUUAAUAAACCUUCAAAAGUCUGUUAAGUACAUUCUAAUGCAUAUAACACCUCAAAUAAUUCCAUUAUUAUUAACAGUUGUUUUAGGUAUUCCACUACCAAUAUCACCAAUUUUAUUGGUAUUUGCAGAUUUGUUUAUAGAGAUAUUUCCAUCCAUAUUUUUUGCAUAUGAACCCCCUGAAAGAGAUGUGAUUACUCUUCAACAAAAAGAGUACCUUGUAAUAAAUGAGUACGAUGAUAGCAUUUUCAUAGUAAGAACACUUAAAAAAUUUUUUAAACUGAUAAAAUCUGAUGUAGGUUUAUUUAGCAAAAGUGUAUUAUGUUGGAGUUUAAUAGAAGCUGGCACAUUAUCCACUAUCGGUUGUUUAUUAGGAUUCUUUUUUGCUUUAAAAAGAAAAAACAUACCUUUUGAUUUAUUUUUCUUUAGUUCAGUUGAUUACUUUAAACCAAAUGGAAAAGAUUACAUUACUAGUAGUGGAGAGCUUAUUGAUGUCGAGGAUCAAUUAGAAGCGUUGUAUACAGGUCAGAGCACAUACUUCUUAGGUUACAUUAUUAAUCAGUUUGCCAACAUGAUAUGUUGUAGAAGAAAAUAUGAUUUUUUCUUUGAUAAAUUUUUUAAUAAUUAUUUGAUACUGAUCUCAUCUCUGGUUGGACUCAGUUUGACUAUUCUGAUUAAUUAUUUAAGUUUUUUAGAAACAAUUUUUAUAAUUAGAAGACCUUCUUUAGUUGCUUUAAUAUUUCCUUUGACAUCAGCCGUCUUAAUUCUUUUAUUAGAUACUUUUAAAAAAAUAAAUUUUUAA